UUGAGUCUUUAAGAGGUCUAAUUCUUCAUAAGUUGUGUUCAUUUCUAAAACUGUGUCUACGGAGAAGAGCCAAAAUGAAGCUUUUUGUCGCGCUCAUGGCUUUUGUGCUACUUCUGACAGUUUUCACAGAUGCAUCACCGAUUCUCACGGAAAAACAGGCUAAGCAACUUCUGCGGACCAAACGUUCUGAAAGAGAAUCGAAGCCAGGAUAUGCUGAUGAACCAAUGAGGGAGUACAUGCUUUACCUGCAGCGUCUGGAACAGAGGUCAGAAGAGCAGUUCUAUGAGCAUUGGUGGAAUCCUCACUGUCAGCCUCAUUGCAAUCGCAACAUCGUAAACCCUGUUUAAUACCUGCAAUAUGUCUACUAAGAUGAACGGAUAGGAUCUGAACCUGAUCACAGGAGAUUUCUUACUACUAUGAGAAGAAUCUGCUUUAUGCUAGUUUUCCCAUAUAUUCCUAUAGGCAUGCAAACACUGCUAUCUGAAAGCCUGUGCCACACCUGUUACUUUGGUAUAUAUUCUAUUUAUAAUGAAGUGGAAGCAUUCUAUUAGCCAUUGACUUAAACAGAGAAUUGUGCGGUGUUUUUGGCAUACCUUGACUUCAGUAUAGUUUAAAGUGUGGAAAAUGAAUACAGUGACAUUGUUUAGGUAAAAGCAUCAUCAAAUAUAGUUUCAGUAGUUUAUGCAAAUGCUAUCAACUAAUAAUAUAAAGCAUUAAAGUCCUUAGGCAUUGUAUUCCUUUGUGUGUGUGUGUGUGUGUGUGUGUAUAUAUAUGCAUGUAUACUGUAAAGCCUUAAUGUAUCUGCUACAAUAAAAUCAUUGCAAA